AUGCCCGACGAUGUGGCAGAGGAAAAAGUCAAAGCCUUACAAGCAUUGGGUGCGGAGGUGCAAAAAGUCAGGCCUGCCAGUAUCGUCGACAAAAAACAGAAUCUGGCAAAGCAGCAAGCCAGCAAUUAUGGACAAACUGACAUCAUCGAUGAGAAAAAUCUUGAAAUGAACAUCAGACAUAUCUCGCAUACCUUUGAAUCGCCAUCUACCUCCGUUUUGGUUGCAGAGCCCCCUCAACACGUACAUUUUGAGGAGAGUCAAGGAAACGGGCUCAGCAAUGAUAACAACCAGGCUAGAGGAUAUUUUGCUGAUCAAUUUGAGAAUAAGAGUAAUUUCUAUGCUCAUUACAACGGAACCGGCCCAGAAAUUUGGAGACAGACAAGCGGCCGUAUCGAUGCAUUCGUUGCAGGUGCCGGCACUGGAGGUACUGUCGCUGGAACUGGCCAAUAUCUGAAAUCCAUGAACCAAGACCUACUGGUCGCGAUUGCAGACCCAGAUGGUAGUGGAUUAUACAACAAGGUAAAAUACGGUGUGAUGUUUGACCGUAAAGAAAGCGAAGGUACCAAACGGCGGCAUCAGGUAGACACGGUCGUGGAAGGCAUAGGUAUAAACCGACUGACGCGUAAUAUUGAAUUGGCCCUUCCUAUUCUCGAUGAUGCCUUUCGGAUAACGGACGCAGAGGCUGUAGCAAUGUCGCGGUAUCUCGUGAAACAUGACGGGCUCUUUUUAGGGUCGAGUAGUGCAUGCAAUCUCGUAGCGUGUGUUAAGUUGGCCAAGCAAAAAGGGUGGACGCAUGGAAAGACAAUUGUCACUAUCCUUUGUGACUCUGGAACGCGCCAUUAUUCCAAGAACUCUCAUGCUACACCUAGGAACGAUGACUACCUCCGUAAUGCCAAUAUUCCUAUUGACCCCAAGAUUAUGGAAGAUAUGUUGCAGACUGAUUCGCGACCAUAA